AUGGAAAUACCAUGGCUCACCGAUGACAAUAUUGUCAAGUAUAUAGCGCAGUUUUUUUAUCAGAUCGAAGAUACAUUGACAGAUGAUUCAUCCCAAGGCCAAAAGCUUCUAAACUUCUUAAAGCCGAAUCCUAGCAUUUGGGGUGUUGCACAUAACCCGGUGAAUCUAGAAUUGAUUUGUAGUCUUUGGGGUGAUAUCGAUUGGUCAGAAACGAAAACAUUGGCCAUGACAGCAUGGUACGAUAAGCUUACAGAGUGGCUAUGUCGCCGAUACUUGACAAAACAAAAUAUUGAUCAUGGAAAAAUGAAAGACAAAGCCGUUUAUACACAAUGUCAUAAAGAGUUACAAUUCUUAGAAACCUUAGCCUUUAGAUGA